GCAUCGCUGGCUUCACUCGAUGACGGAUGACCCUCCAACUACUCAUCCACCAGUUGCUCGUAAAUUUAUCUGGGAGAACCAUAAAUUCAAUCUGAGUGGCACUCCUGGCCAGUACGUGCCUUACUCCACUACUCGCAAGAAGAUACAAGAGUGGAUCCCACCUCAGACAGCUAGCAAAUAACAACAACUACGUGGCUUGCCUCAGCUUUGGCUUUCAGUGUAAAUUGUAUUCUCACUGGUUUUGUUCGGAAUAAAAGCCUCCUGUA